AUGUUGGUGAGGAUUUUGGCUCUAUUGGUGAUUAUUUCUACGAUCAGUGCUUCGAUCUACGAGCACCACCACCACCGACGACAUCUUCACCCCAGACAUGUUCGUCUUAUAUUUAUAUCCCAAAAAGAGUUUGAUGAAGCCCUGCUGAUAGAUCCACUUGUGCAUCCCAAACAAACCAAAAAAGACCACCGACUUUAACUCUCGUUACUAAAUCUCAAAGAAUCUAAGAAAAAAACCGUUCUUCAUCCACUGAAAUGAUAAAAUACAAGCUUCUAGGUUUUAUCACUAGGUUAAAGGAAAGUAAUUGCGAGUUUUUUUUCCCAAGAAAUCCCACACAUAUAGCAAAGUUAUAUCAAAUUUUGAAACUGUGAAAUUUUCAAUUUCCUUGUUAGGGUUAUAACUCAUCCAGAAGGUCUAUGGUGCCGUAACUUACAUAAAUGGAGAACAGUCUCAAAAAAAAAAACUAGAGAACGCAAAAAAAAUGUCAAAAGAGUUUUUUUUUUUCUAAUAGGUCCUGUAAUGAUAUGUUUGAUUUUUCAGAUAAAAAGAAAAAAAUUUCAAGCUUACAAUAAAUUUAUCAAACUUUUUCCGAUAUAUUGAGAUAUUUCAUAUGCUAGGAAGAUCUGUCGAACUACAGCGCCACCGAAAAUAUGCAAGACCUUCAAAGCACUAUGAGCGAAUUUAUAGAAAAUUCCAAGCUUCAUAGUAAAAUUACUGAACUUUUCCGACAAUUUGGGCUGUCAAUAGUAUGUCGAGUUUUAGCGCCACCGAAACUACGCAAGGUACCCGAUUCGGAACGAACGAACCGCCGACCAGUGCUCCAUCAACGAGCACCAUGUUCUGUGUGGACCAGAACGUCAUUGCGACCGCAGCUGUGACAACAUGUACACGUGAGUCUCUCGACGUCUUCUUCUGGAUCCAAUGAAGACGUCGCAGGCCGACCAACUGCGUGCACGUCACCAACCCCAAAUGCUACUUCCCGAGAUGCGUCUGCAACGAAGGCUUCGUUCGAGCCAAGAACGGCCAGUGCAUUCGCUCUUCUCACUGUCCCAAUACCUACUACGAGCCGGCCAGCGCCGUCAUGGAGAAUGCUGUGAGUUUUCCAUUUCGGGUAAAAGUUGAGAAGCUUCUGCUUUCGGCUCCUCAGAAGGGGUUUGGAAGCUUUCCACAUAGCUUCCCAACACCUUCUACUUAGAGAAAAGCCUGCCGGAAGCAUUCCCGCAAGGUUCUAGAAGGCUUAUGCCAGGCAUUUUCCAUUUUUACCUUCCAACUAUCUUUCAAAAGAUUUCAUAAGACUUUCUAGCUUCCAUAUACUUUCUAACCUCCUGCUGAUUACGUUUUCAACACCUUCCCGCCACUCGAUUUUUUUUUAGUUUUGAAGAGCUUUUGAAACUUUAAAAUCGAAAUUUUUCCAUUUUCGGGCCAACUAGUGCUGUUAGGGAAAAUACUGUGAGCCUUUUGAAACUUUAAACUUCUGAGAAGCUUGAGCUUUCCGAAAUAUUCAACUGAAAGCUGAGGUCAUUUUGACAAAUUGUCAUCUUUUCAAGCGGCGCUUCAAGCCAUUCCAAAUGCGGCCACGGACUUUCGAGACUAAAUUACGAUCUCUCUUUAAAGCCUAAUGGGUGUUUUGAAAGUCCUAGAUACACUGAAAGGCAUAACACGAUGAGAGUUCCAGGAAAAAAAAAAUCAACUUCUGAUUUGAGCCUUUUUAUCGACUUAAAAUUUCGUCAGAAAAGCUCAAAAGCCUCCCCUCCAAGUUCCAGCCUCACAUUUUACUAUUCGUUAACUGUCCUCCAAAAAUAAUCCCAAAGAAAUAGGCCCUUAACAAAGCCGCCUUAUCAUUAACUAAUGCCAUUUUUUGUUCUGUGACUUUUUCUUUGUGACGCCGCAAAUACCGUAAAAAACCGCUAAAACCUUAAAAGUCUGACUGACACGACUGCAAAUUUUACACCGACUAAGAAGUCUGUAACACAGAUUUUUUGCUUUAUCAUCACCGGCUCCUCCAGUCAUAACUUGUUUGUCUGCUUGGAAACGCCUUUCGAGUCGACCUAUUUCUCUUCGGAGAGUACUGAUAACCGUUCCUAAGACGAUUCCAUGGCGCCUUGGAGCUUAGGACGUUCCCCGAAGACUACAGAAACUGUCAAUCGAUCAGAAGAAUCAAUAGAUCAUUGCAGCUUUGAUGUUUGCAAAAAUGAAAAAAGAUCUCUUUUGAUUUUUGUAAAUUUUGGCGGGUCCUAUAUAAAACCUCUAAAGAACAAUUAGCUUUCUGCGCAAAUUCUCGGUCCCUAUAGUGAAAAAAAUGCGCUUUUUUUCUUAAAUUAAAAAAACCAAAAAAAUAAUCUGUUGACUUCUAAAAAAAUAUUUUUUUAAAAAAAUUUAAAAAGCUUUGAGGGGUCCCUUCGGAGGGGACAAUGAGCUUUCAAAAAAAAAAAAACGGAUUUUAGGCUUUCUAGUCGUUGUAAAGCAUCACUGCGGGAGAAUAAAAAAAAUGUACGACUAUCUGCGCCUUUAAUAAGGAAGCUGUGUGCUUUUAAUAUAGGCCAUUCCGCGCAAGCUUGUCACAUUUUUCUUUCCGUCAAAAGGCCAGGUCAAAUUUAACCAACUUUCGCUUCAAGACCUUUGUUUCUUGCCGUUAUAAAAGCAGAAAUGUGAUCUAAUUUGGUAUACGGUCUUUUUGGCGGGAAGAAAAACAUGACAAGCUGGCGCGGAAUAGACUAUAAACCACAGAACACUUUUUCGAGUACUUUCCGAAGUGAACAAAUUGUUUGACGUUUAUAAAAAUAAAAAAAGCCACUGAGAAAACAUCUUCAAAAAUUUUUGACAAGUUCCUGCGCCUAUAACAAAACCUGAAAGCGCCUUCCAAAAAGAUUUUAAGAAUAUUAAGAAUACUUUAUGCUCCUUGGAUGAGAAAAAAACCAAAUGUAUAAUCCAGAAUAUUCCGUGAAACCAUUAGAGCAUUCAAUAAUCUCUUUCUGAGCAAAUUUCAAAGAAAUAAUCAUAAAAACCUCGUUCAGAACGGCGAGCUGAUGGUGGAGUUCAAGCCGAUGAAGUUCAGCCGCAUCAACCGACACAAAAUGUUCAAGCUGAGGAAGAUCCGAAGGCCCGCCGGUCCGGAAUACGACACGAAACUCUGA